AAAUAGAAAUAUAUAUAUUUAUUUUCCAAGAAUCUAGAUUCUUCUAUUUAAUUUAAAAACCACAUAUAUUAUAAAAUCCUAUCUUUUUUUUUUUUCUUCUAAUAAAUUUACAAUUUUUCUACCUCUUCUGCAUUUUGAGAAACAAAAAUGGAAGAAUCAAUGGCUACAAGGUAUUGGUGUCACAUGUGUUCCCAAAUAGUCAAUCCGAUCAUGGAGUUGGUCGAGAUCAAAUGCCCAUUUUGCCAGAGCGGUUUCAUCGAAGAGAUGAACGGUUCAGAUGAUCACUCACCUGAAGCUCGCAAUGCCGAACCCGACUCCGAAUUCGGAUCCGAUCGAGCUCUCUCUCUCUGGGCCCCGAUAUUACUCGGCAUGAUGGGUCAUCCCCGUCGCCGGAGAAGAUUCAGACCCAUGGAGUUCGACGAAGAAGACGACGACGAAGAUGAAGACGAGGCUCGCCACGAAGGAGGAGGAGACACCGAGUUGGAUCGGGAACUGGAAUCGUUCAUAAGGAGGAGAAGAAGAAGCUCAGCUAAUAUUCUUCAAUUGCUCCAAGGAAUUCGAGCUGGGUUAGCUUCAGAAACUCAGAAUUCCGAGGGUUUAACCGAAAGAGAUGAGAGAGAGCGUGUUAUCUUGAUCAACCCAUUUAAUCAAACACUUCUCGUUCACAAUCAGAAUGAUAAUCAAAACCCAAUUGGCUCAUUGGGUGAUUACUUCGUAGGGCCUGGUUUGGAUAUGUUGCUGCAGCAUUUGGCUGAGAAUGAUCCCAACAGGUACGGGACACCGCCGGCGAAGAAGGAGGCGGUGGAAGCUCUGCCCACGGUGGCAAUCAAGGAGAGCUUGCAGUGCUCAGUAUGCUUGGAUGAUUUUGAGGCUGGUUGUGAAGCAAAAGAGAUGCCUUGUAAGCAUAAAUUCCAUAGUGGUUGUAUUCUGCCAUGGCUUGAGCUUCAUAGCUCGUGUCCGGUUUGUAGGUUUCAGAUACCUUCUGAUGAGUCUAAGAAUGGUAAUGUCCAAACGGCAAUGGGGACUGAAAGCAGCAACAGUGGUGGUGGUUCUGUGGUUGUUAUUGGGGAAAAUGAAGAAGAAGAAGGAGAACAUCACCAUGGUGGAGAUGGGAGAAAUGGUGGUAGUGGGAGAAGGUUUUCAUUGUCAUGGCCUUUCAAUUUCUUUUCUUCAUCAUCAUCAUCAUCAUCAUCAGGGUCACAAUCAUCAUCAUCAACAACACCAAAUGCAAAUGGAACUACUGGUAGUGGUGGUGGUGGUGGAAAUGGAUUUCAAGCAAAUGAGAAUUGAGUAAGAAAUUACAUCAUUUUCUUGUUGUUUUUGUUGUUGUUGUUCAUUACUACUUUGCUUCAAAUUGAAUGCUUUUGUGUACAUAGUGCCAGCCUUACUUUGUUGAAUAUGAAACUACAAACGUUACACAAAAAAAAAAACAAAAAAAAAAAAGCUUGUUGUUUUUGGCUUCUUUUAGAAAUAUAUUUCUUGUUUCUGCCAUUAUCUUAUCAUGUGUAUAAAAAAAAUUCAUACCCUUUGAGAUUUUGAUGGUAUUGGAUGAAUGGCUUUGUUCUUUCAA